GAUUAAUUCAUUUUUAACUAUCAUUAAUUUGAAAUUUAUCAAAAUAAGAAAAUACUGUACCUGAUAUUCAAUACAGGUUGAUCCUAAUUCGAAUGGAAAAAUUUUCUAUGAUCAGUAAGAUACAGAACUUAAAUAUGUGCUUAAUAAGAUAAAACUUCAAUUUACAAAGCAGAAAUGUUGAAUUCACUAAAAUACUCUUCAUUUGACUGAGACCUUUAGUUAAGGGAAAAUUAGUUAACAAGCAUUCCAAGAUACCUGAACACCUAGUAUGAUGGCUUUGGUGUUUUUUCAACAGUGGCUUAUGUGUUGUAUUUCGUGUUCCCUCUAUGUAAUACCUAAGAGUAAUUAGUAUUUUUACUCUGAGUGUUUUUCUUAACUUUGCUUAGAAUAUUAACUUCAAGCUUUUGGUUCUAGUGAUUUCCUACAUGAUUCAUUUACUAGGUUUCUUACGAAGACGCAUUAUCUGGAGAACUACAGCUUGGAAAAUGUUUCUCUUUAUUGUAGGUUUUUUUUUUCUGUAUGUAAUGGCAUGGUGUAGUAUGAUAUAAAGACAGUGUGUGGGCUUUGGAGUCCUAAUUGGUUUUGGUGAUUUUUUCCUACUUAGUUUUGAAUCUGAGCUCUAAUGUUCUGUGAUCUUAACCAAGUUACUAGACAGCUUUGGUUUUCUUAUCUAUAAAUAGAUAAUAAGCUCUACCUUAGAGUCAUUGUGAGGAUUAAAUGAAAUAAUUUGUAAAUCCCUCAAAGAGCAAAGAGGUAAAAAGAGGUAUGUAUGUACAGGGUAAGAAAUGGGUAGAAACCAAGAUUGCAGGGAAGUUUAUAGAGAGGGCAAACCUUAGAUAAAGGAAAAGAGACAUUGUGAACACUAGCUUAAAAUUUUUUUCACUGAAAAAUGAAAAGUUGAAAUAGAUUGUUUAUAUAUAUUUGCAUACAUUUAACAUUUUGAUGUUGAUUUAACUAACACAAUACAACUUGCAAAACCCAUCUUUUAAGAAAUAAAUUACUCUAUAAAAUAUUUGUGAAUUAGGAGUCUUCAUUUAAUUUUUGACACCACUGAUUCAUAGCAAUUUUGUAUACAUCAUAGAAGGAACAUUGUGUUGUUUACCUACCCUAAAAGAUGAGGGAAAUUUUAUUUUCUAAAGUACUUUUGAGCAGUAUUUUUUAAUGUAGUUAAUAAGGUCAGACACUGAUUUUAAAUAUAAGAUUUCAAUAUCCUUUAAAUCUUGAGACAUUAACCAAAGUGCCUAGAAUUAAGAGAAACUCUAAACUUCAAGUGGCUUCAUCCUUCAGUUAGCCUGUUUGGGGAUUUACUCUUAGAUUAUUGGUUUUAACAGAUUAAUUUUACCACACAAAAGUCUAUCGGGAAAACUAAAAAAAGAAAAAAUCAAAUAUUAAGACAGUUUUUAAGAAAUUACAGCUGAGAAUUACCUUUAAUGUUUUGAACAAAUAGAUUUGCUGUUGAACAAAAUCAAAAAACAGCAGUAGCCCCAACUUGUUCUACAGAGAUUUGAGUAACUACAGCCUGACUAGUGUGUUCCCCUCUGCCAUGUGUUCAAUAUGUAUAAACAAUAAAAGCCCUUUUUUGCUAUAAAUUAAAACAUUGAACUUCUAAUUCUUCCUAAUCUUUGCUUUAGGUAUAAGGUAAAAUUCACUUUUUAAAAUGUGAUGUGAAACAUUCUAGAAAGCAGUUUGCCAGCAAAAUUUAAUGGCCUUAGUAUGUUUUCUGAACUCCAAUUAUUACUAACCCUCUGGGUUAUAUAUUUAAUGCUUUCUCUUUUCUUUCUGUUCUCUUUAUCCAAUCCCAAUACUACUUAAGAAAUAAGCUUAUCAAUUUAAUUCUAGGAUUUUAUAGGGGAUGGGAUAUGAGGAGGGAAGCCCUUAUUUUCAAGCUUCUGUGGCUCCAAAAUAUGUUCAGUUAGUAAAUAUUUUCAUUGUGGAGAAAAAUGCAAUUUACUGUGGACGUUUUUGUUUCUGUAGUAGUUACAGAAUGGGAGAGUUGAAACAAGGCCUUAGUCCAAAUCCCCAACACCGGUUAAGUCACCAACCCCUGGACACAUGCAGUCUUCCAUAAAGACAGUCCUAGUCUUUACUUCACUUUAACCGAGUCAAUUGCUGGGUAAACUAUACCAGGCUGGUAAUGGCUAUUUUAUAGUAAAACCUGCAGAACAAAAUCUAGUAGCUUGCUUUAUGUGUUGGAAAAUAAAUAUACAUUGAAUACCUUCUCAUUACAGAAAAAAUGCUGCUGUGAAGACAUAGUUAUAGCUUUCACAUAACUGAAGCCCCAACCAUCAUGAUUUAGUGCCCCCCAAAGGAAGAACUUCAGUGGAAAAGAGAGGGCAUUUCUGGGGAUAGUAGAAUGCUUGAGACCUGAAUUUAAACUCAAGCUCCUUCAUGAAGGUAUUAAAUAAUAGAAGAAAAUGGAAUUGAAUAUGAUACCAGCAUGGAACAGUCUGUUGAUUCAUUAAGAGUCAACCAUAAUGAUUCCGAAGAGUCAAAAACCGAUUCUCAGCAUCUAAGCUGUAUGGACUCCAGUGAGCCUUCUUUUGGACAAGAUGGUUCCCCUAGAGUUUUACCCAUUACUACUGCAGUGGAUAAUUCACUCACAUCACAGAAUAUACCAGGGCCCCUGACUCAGACGCAGACUCUUUCUGCAGAGCAAUUCCACCUAGUGGACCAAAAUGGGCAACCUAUUCAAUAUGAGCUUCAGUCAUUGGGGGAUUCUAAUGAGCAAAUGAUGAUUGUUGCCAGCCCAUCAGAAAAUGGACAGGUGCUGCGUGUAAUUCCAUCUACCCAGACAGGAACGACACAAGUGAUUGUACCUCAGGGGCAGCUUGUGGAUGUGAAUAGUCCUCAGGAUGUCUCUGAAGAGAAACCCAGUGACGGAAACUUACCAACUGUAAGAGUGGAUUCUCUAGCAGACAAUAACAGUAGUUACAUUCUUCAUCCACAUGCAUCCCUCACAUUGCCCAAAAAGACAGUGACCAGAAUACUUGAAGAACCCUUUUUGGCUCCACUCCAGUCACUUUCUUCUAACACACCUAUAUGGGCCUGUCGUCUUAGGAGCUGUGAGAAAAUUGGAGAUUCAUACCGUGGCUACUGUGUAAGUGAGACUGAAUUAGAAAGUGUCCUAACAUUUCACAAGCAGCAAACACAGAGUGUUUGGGGGACCCGCCAAUCUCCAAGCCCAGCCAAGCCAGCUACACGCUUGAUGUGGAAAUCCCAGUAUGUCCCAUAUGAUGGAAUCCCAUUUGUCAAUGCAGGGAGUAGAGCUGUGGUAAUGGAGUGUCAGUAUGGGCCAAGAAGAAAAGGUUUCCAGUUAAAAAAAAUCAGUGAGCAGGAAAGCAGGUCUUGUCAGCUCUACAAAGCUACUUGUCCAGCCCGGAUUUACAUUAAAAAGGUACAGAAAUUUCCUGAAUAUAGAGUUCCUACAGACCCCAAAAUUGACAGGAAAAUAAUCCGAAUGGAGCAGGAAAAAGCCUUUAACAUGCUAAAGAAGAACUUGGUAGAUGCUGGUGGUGUUCUUAGGUGGUAUGUACAGUUACCUACUCAGCAAGCUCAUCAGUAUCACGAAUUAGAGACUCCCUGCCUCCCUUUAUCACCUUCCCCUUUUCCUAUGUCUUCUCUUGAAGAAGAGGAAGCUGCAGUUAGAGAUGAGAACUGUACAUUACCCUCACGUCUACAUCCUCAAGUAGCACAUAAAAUUCAAGAACUAGUAUCACAGGGAAUACAACAAGUGUAUGCAGUAAGGAAACAGCUAAGAAAAUUUGUGGAAAGGGAACUGUUCAAACCUGAUGAGAUACCUGAAAGACAUAAUUUAUCCUUUUUUCCAACUGUAAAUGAUAUAAAAAAUCACAUCCAUGAGGUACAGAAAUCCUUGAGAAAUGGAGAUAAUGUAUAUAACUCAGAGAUUAUUCCAGCAACGCUUCAAUGGACUACAGGUAGUGGGAAUAUUCUCAGAGAGACUGUGACAGUUACACUUGCAGAAGGAAAUUCACAAGGAGAAGCAAUUUCCAGCAAAGUGGAAACAAAUCAGACAAGGGGUUCUUUGUCUCCAGAGCCAGCGCACUUGCUCUCCUCACUUUCUUCAUUUCAGCCAAAAAUAUUCACACAACUACAGGGUUUGCAGUUGCAACCAAGAUUCACAUCUUCUGAUGGAUCACCAGCUCUGAUAUCAGUAAAUAAUCACCCCUCCUCCAGUCCUUCAAGACUUCUGGAUUCAGUAGGAAGUGCUGUAAUGAAUAAUAAUUCUCUGCUGCUUGGCCAAACUCAUUGCCUUCAAACAGAUACAUGCCUAACCCAAAACAAUAGUAUUUCCUCUACCAUGGGUAACCUUCCAGGACCCGAUCAAAAUCUGGUUGCAGUGGAUCAGCUGGUGGAAGUUGGAGAUGUUGAGGAUACAGAGAAUCUGGAAGGAAAUGUUCAUCGGAUUCUGCUGGGAAAUGUUCAGACCAUUCCAAUACAGAUUAUAGACAGCCACCCAGCUCUUAUUGAAGAAAGUCCAGAAGGUACCAUUUCUGUGAACCAAGUUAAGCAAGAACCCAAAGAACCAGCAUUAUCUAUGGAAGCAAAAAAAAAAUUGGACUGUAAGAAAUUGUCUGCUACAUAAAUUAUUGAAGCUUUUCAGAAUUUACAACUCUGGUGACUUCUGAUGUCAUAAAAAAGAAGGUAGGAACUGGAACUAUCAAUAUUUUCAUGACCAUAGAAUAUCUUACUCUCUCUCCAGAGGGGGACUGCAUCGUCUCUUCCCCAUCAACUGAUUAGGCUUUAGACAUCUUAAAUAGUGUAUUAUUUUUAUCUAAAUAUCUGUAAUUCUACUCAUUUAACAUAAUGGUAAUGGCAAAGCCUAGUAUACUUUUGCCACAUACAUGUUAGCUAUGAAUUCUGUUGCUGAAUAAUAUAACAUCCAUUGCCGACUGAAUUCUAAAAACUUAAGGAAUUAACUCAGAAUUUUUAAAAAAUCACAUUUGUUAAUGAACCCUAAAUUGAUUCAUGAGAAAAAUAAACUGUAUGAUUAAUAUGGAAAACCUUUGAGAAUGUGAUAUGGGUGUAAGAGUGCAGGGGAGAUGUUGCUUAAUGGUACAAACCUGCAACUAGUAGAUACAUAAUUCCUGGAGAUCUGAUGUACUGCAUGGUGAUUAUAGUCAACAAUACUGUAUUAUAAACAUCAAAGUUGCUCAGAGACUAGAUCUUAAUUGUUCUCACUACAAAAAAGAAAUAAUAAUUAUGUGACAUGAUAGAGGUGUUAGCUAAAGCUACAGUGGUAAUCAUAUCGCAAUAUAUAAAUUAUCGAGUUAACACAUUGUACACCUUAAAUGUUAUAUGUCAAUUAUAUCUCAAUUAUCAAAAGAAUUCUAAAACCAGAGGAGAGAAUGGGAGUUAGAUACCAGCAGAGUUUUAAUUUUUAAAUAUCUCUAUUUAAGUAUAUAAUUGACAUAAAAUAAACUGCACAUAUUUAUAGUAUACAAUUUGGUAAGUUUUGAUGUAUGUAUAUGUCUAUGGAACCAUCACCACAGUCAAAUAAGGAACAUAUCUAUCACCCCCAGAAGAUUCCUGGUGCCCCUUUGUAAUCCAUUCCCACUUCUUCCUGCCUCCACCCUUACCCCACCAUCCCUAAACAACUACUGAAUUGCUUUCUGUCACUAGAGGUCAAUUUAUUAUGUCUACAAUUUUAUAAAAAUGAAAUUGUAUAGUAUGAGCCUUUUUAAAAUCUGACUUUUGUCACUCAGCAUAUUAUUCUGAGAUUCAUCUAUGUCACAAGAUGUAUGACUAGUUCAUUCCUUUUUACUGUUGAGUAGUAUUCCAUUGUAUGAAUAUACCAUAAUUUGUUUAUCCAUUCAGCUGUUGAUGGGCAUUGGGUUAUUUACGUU